CUUCCCUUCUUCACAUACUAAUAUAUAUAUAUACACACACAGAGCAAGUCCAAGUGUAUGAACAGAGUCAAGAAGACAGAAGUUAUUACAGAUAGCGAAGAACACAGAACCAUGCAAGGUCUUUCUUAUUCAACGGAGCCGUUUAGCCCCAGCUUCAGUUUUUACGUCUCCGGUGAGAUCAUCGAAGCCGCCGUUAGAGUUGUCCGUGAGUCUCACUGCGACGACACCGCUGAGUUCGAGUUCGAAACAUCGCCGUUAUGCGAAGAGAACUUCUUCCAUUUCCCAACGAUGACGGAGAUGAAAUCUUUCAAGCGUGAGGAGGAAGAAGACGAUGGCGUCACUUCGAAGAAUCUUUUCUACGGUGGAUGGAUUCUUGACCAAUCUGUAUCCUCGCCGUCUCAGUCGCCUUCUUCAUCUUCCGAGUCUGAAGACUCGGAGGAUCUUUCUCCGAGAAGAUACAACUGUUUCUGGAGCCCGACACGAACUCCGGCGAGAGUCGAUAGCUCCAAGAGCAAAAAAACUUCGAACUCACCGAGACGGUGUCGUAUCAAGGAUCUUCUGAGGAGGAGCCACAGCGACGGAGCUGUUUCGACCAAGAGCGAGCAUAAACGGUGUCGUUUCAGGGAUCUUCUGAGGAGAAGCCACAGUGACGGUGGAGGAAGUGGUGGGUCUUCGGUUUUGCCGAGCGGUAACAGCUCGCCCGUAACGAGAGGGAAAAGUAAAACGACGUCGAAUAAGUCUACUACUGCUAACACUGGGGAGGUGAAUAUGAGAAGAAAGACUUAUUUACCUUACAGGCAAGAUUUGAUCGGUGUUUUCGCCGGAAUGAGUAGACUCCGUCGAUAAAAGAAUUUUACUGCUGUAACUUGUAAAUUUACACAUUGCUCCUUGUUCAUUAAUAUAUUUGUCAAGACUAUUCAUCGUGCAAAAUGGGCGCCCCCAAUGACGAGGUUUAAAAUACGGCCUUAUUGGGCCUGGCCGUUUCAUUGUGCAUGAUUGUAGCGAGAUGCUUAGCACUGCUUCCUAA